AGACAUUAUUAUUGUACCCAAACUCCAACAAGAUAAAAAGGAGCGCAGCAUCUCUUCCUUCUCUAACUCCUAAAGGAAAAGUGCAAUUUAGGGGUUUUGGGGGAACUUGAAAAGAAUGGAAGUUACUUCCAAGUUCUUAGCAUUGACCUAAUCUAUUGUAAAGAAAUUGCUUUGUGUAAAGCUGAUUUCAUUUUCUUGAUAUAACUGGGGCGCACACACAGUGUGGAGUUUUCGAAGAGGUAAAGUAAGAUGCCAAGGCCAGGUCCCAGACCUUAUGAGUGUGUUAGAAGAGCUUGGCACAGUCAUAGGCACCAACCCAUGAGAGGUGAAAUUCGUUAAAUGUUCACUGUAUUUGACAAGGCUUGUACAUGAGAAUCACUGUGCUGCAACUAAGAAGAAUAAAGAAUGGCAAGAGAAGCUUCCUAUUGUGGCGUUGAAAGCCGAGGAAAUCAUGUACUCCAAAGCCAAUUCUGAGGCUGAGUACAUGGAUCUUGAGACGCUAUGGGACCGGGUUAAUGAUGCAAUUGAUACCAUUAUUCGGAAAGAUGAGAGUACAGAAACAGGAGAGCUCCUGCCUCCUUGUGUUGAAGCUGCCCUUACUUUGGGAUGCGUGGCGGUAAGAGCAUCCAGAAGCCAAAUGCAUAGCAAUCCAAGAACUUACCUCAGACAAACAGUUCAAGAAUCUCAUGGUGUAUCUCCUAAAGUUUUAGAUGAGAAUACCAAUGAACGCACAUGUAAUUUAUGGCCUUUGCAUUCUGCCAAUAUCUCAGCAUUGAAGAAAUUCCCUGCUGCAGAAUCGGCUGAUCUAGUUUUGGAGUCAAGUGGGUGUGUAACCCGAAACACCGACAACCACAUUGCUCUUUCUUGUGAGAAACUCGCGUCCCCUGCCAAUAACCAGAUCCUGCAAGUUGACUCUAACACACAGUUGAAUGUUGGCUCAGUGUAUCCCUUGUACUAUAGUACCGUGUUCAACCUGAAGUCUCAACCUGAAGUUGAAGUCUCGAGGCCGGUCCACCAAGAAUCCCAAAAAUUCAAUCCUGUAAUUGUUGGUGUGCCAAUAUACUCAUCAGUAGCCGAGCCUGCUGAAGUAGGGUGCAUGCAGAAUCUAUCUUCCUGUGAUGCAGACAAAAAUGUUACAAAUGGUAGCUCCCAAGCACUUUCUAGGGACAAAAACUGGAUGGAUCCUCGAAUAGGGUGCGACUUGUCCUUGAGGUUGGGUUUGAUUUCUGAGCCAAGCUUGAGCAUGGGAAAGAGUUCUGAGUAUGGAACUAAUACUGGUCGGAGAGUUUCUCAAGAUAGAGGCAAGCCUAGAGACAAGGAGUUUCCUUUCUUUCCUUUGGAGUCUGGUAAUGAUUUCUCCAGGUUGCAUACAAGUAGAUGGAAUGCAGAGGGGGAAGGCCAAAAUGUGGAAGAUAGUAGAAAGCGUAAAAUUUCGUCUAUUGCCAAUAUGGACAAUGAGCAAUUUUUCUUGUCUCAGGACCCAACUUCUAACUGUUUUGCUGGUCGAAUGAAAAGACCAGAAACUCCAGCUUCUGGGAAAUCAGAGGAAGAUGAAUCUACUAACUUUGGCAUCCCAGUUUGCGAAAAGGUCCUACAUUGUAAAGACUCAACAAGGAGAAGAGAAGGGCCGGGAGAAUCGCCAUUAAGGCUCCGGUUUUAGGAGUCGAAGCUGAUGCUUCGGUGCUUAUGGUCACCUUCUGUCCCAUACUGCAGUGUUUGCUGACAGUGCAGAUGAAGUAUGACUCGGUUGAAUUGACAAUGAAGCUUGAGGGGCUGGUUGUUUGGACUGGACUAAGAGCAUUUGUUGAAGUGCAGUCAUCAUAGUUUUCUUUGGUAACUUGGACCACAUUAUGUGUGCUAUUCCAGUUGAAUACUGCAGAAAAUUAGUGAAAAAUUUAGCAUGAAAUGUCUUUCCCAAAAAUAUAUGCCUUUAAAUUAGUAAUAGUAACAAAUUAGCAGGAAAUGAAGGGGAUUAACAGGGUAGCUAGAGUGAUUGAAACCAUAAGGUAUUUGGUUCAAGAUUUUCACCAUUUUGUAUGUUAUUCAUUUCUUGUUUUUUCAUUUAUUUCUGAGUUAAAAAAAUGCUAGUAAUCCAUCAUUUUAACUUA